AUGAGUUCAGCAAAGGCACGGACAACCGAUGAACUGCUCUCUGAGCACUUGGCGCGUCGCAGUAGCGCAAUUUCGAUGUCAUUGCCAUUCCGUUCAUCGGCAAAACGAGAAAGUAUCAUCGGUCCUCGAGAAGAACAACCAGCCUGUUUGGAGAAAGUGCACUAUCCAGUUUUUGAUCCAGAAGAUCCCCGGCACAAUACACGCAUAGGACAAAUCUUCCGUCGCUCUGGGUCUCGGACAACUACUUCAGACUCUCAGCGGCAGCCACAGGAGUCCCGCACGCUCCCACGAAAAUCUUUACACAAGGCAAAGUCUGGAUUAUUGGCCAGCCUGUUCCAUCGAUCAUCUCGUCGGGGCAGCGAGCCUCUUGAGCCCCUUCCAAAGCAUGCCCAUACUGAACGAAGUAGUCAUGGGUUGUCCGAUAUCUCGAGCACUACCCAGGAAGAUCUCAGUUUUGGGACUGCUCUAUAUCGGAAUCGCCGAGCUCAAAAACGGACCCUGGAUGAUACCGAUUUGCAUAUCAUUGCAAAGGUUCUCUCCUGUCCACCACUGAAGAAUACCAUGUCUGCGCCGCAGCCUAUAACGAGUUCAAGUGACCUGGUUGGUGAUUUACGACCACCCUCCGACGAAACUGUGAGUCCAAUUACCGAUGAAUCACCCGUACACGAACGAUACCAGGACACCACUGUGACGUCUCAUCUUCCAACGAACGAGAAGAGUACCAAACAAGAUCCACCGGUUAUCGAGAACGUCGAAGAGAUACGGAAGAACAAUGCUGAUUAUUUGACCCCCUCUGUCGCCUCAGAAGAUCGGCCCACAGCAGGGAGAUUGUCUUCCAGCUCCGCAGACGAUGAGGAAUUAGGUGGAACAACUCCGCUGUGUGACAAUCAGGAUGUGGCUUCAGUGCGGGAUAGACAUCUUUUGAUUUGUGUGGACAAUGAAAAGUCUGUGUGCAAGAAGAUUGCAGGGCUGAGACGACUGAGCGAGACGCGAAACUUUCCAUCUCUGGAGAUGGAGCAUAAGCACAAUGGCUCUAAGGAGUCAUUGCCAGAUUACAGCACUCCGAGUAUCGCAGAUUCAGAAACACCCCAACGAGGAAGAUCUAUUGUCAGCAAGCGAGGGUCGUUCGUCACACAAGAGAGAGUGUUGCUCGGUGAUGAUUCACUGGAAUCUGAGGGCAGUGUGUCUCCAGUCUCGGAGUCGAGAAAGUGUUCGGCCGACGUUAAGAUUGCUUUCCCCGGAUUGUACCACGAACUGCUGGAGCAGUGGAUCAGAGAGACUGAAGGAAGCCCAACGCUUUACCCCGGAUUCCCCGGAUUUGAGAACGAGAACACUUCGACGUCUGCGCACCUGCCUUCGCUUGCCACUACGACAACUACCACCGCCUCUUCUCAGCACAAUCUAGACGGUCAACAACACCGUCAAGCGGAAUUACCCUGGAGUGUAGACACCCGUUUUGCCUCGGGAAUUCCCAGCAUCUUCAACAGUUACCGGAAAACGAACACCUUGAUUCCUUCUCCAUCGCUCCCCCAUCCCCGUGUCGUACGGGUCUACUCUGUGCAAGAUUCCGUCACCUUGCCCUACACCAUGGAUGACUACACUCGACACACAGGUGCCCAGCCUGCUCGUUCUGGCGAGGAGGAUUCUGAUAGACGCCGCAACUCAUUUGGCAUCCACAUCUCUGAGAGAAAUCAGGAACCUACCUCGAGAACAUCCACUACCCAAGUGAGCCGCCGUGAGAUCCUUCGAGGCUCAUCCGAGGAUCAACAGAGUCCCGUUCAUGCUCGGCCCUUUUUCCGACCUCCUGGCCUCUGGGGUUCUGCCGACUCUCAGUGUGAUGACUCGGACUUCACCAUCUACACCAGGGACAGCAGUGUGGCCAAUUCUACCAAUUACACUUCACCCACCUCCAUCUCCUCUACUCCGUGGUCACCACUUGACUCUCCUAUCGAUGAGGAAGUCCUCUUCAGAACCACCCAUAGAGAUGAGUACUACAUGGCAGACGGCAAGCACAGCAGCUAUUACCCAGACCGUGGUGAUCUGCCAGUCAAAGUACAGUGCCUCUCUGCUACCAGACCUGGCUACCAUGGCCCUAGUGGUUAUCGUGCCCCCCCAACAGACUACGCCUAA